UGUACCCUUUGUUACGUUUCGGAGUCCUUCCUUCUUUCCCAGUGAUUCCUCUUCCUAAUCAUAAAUUCUAAUUUGAUAACUCUACAAAGGAAUUGAGGAAUCACACAAGCGAUAAUAAACUUAUUAAUAAUAAUAAUAGUAAUAAUAAUAAAAUUCCCCAUAUUUUUCGUACGAUAUUGUUCUUCUUCUUACUGUAAUUUCCUCUUUCUCCACGCAACAAAACAACAACAACAAAAACCUUGUUCUUCUUUUCCUUCUUUGUCUUCUCCGUUUAUACUCAAUCACUUUCCCAACUUUUUUUUUUCAUUCUAAAUUCUUCAACUUUCACUUCUUUUACCCCCAAAUUCGUUUCUGGGUAUCCUUAAUUUCCUUCCUUCCAUGUUUUCUGCUUAGUCCAAGAACCUGAUCAUUAACUAUUUAGGUCUCUGGGGCAUGGACUGGCUGUUUUUGCCAACUUCGAGUGUCUUGAACCAUGUUUACCAGGUCAAGAGAUGCUAGUGCUUUUAGUAUAUUUAAAUGGAAAAAAGGUCAAGGUGAAUCUUCGAUGAACGCUGCUUUACUUCAGGAUGUUUCUCCGGAGAUUGAAUUGUCUGAUUAUAGAAGGAUCCCAAGUCCCGGUAGCGAGAGCCCUUCAGGGCUUCUUAACGGUGAGAGUCUGAAUGUUGAUCCAAUUGCUGAUUUGGAUCUCUUCUUCGAAAGGCUUUACAGCUACUACUGUGAGAAGGGGCUCUGGUGUAUCAUCAUAAAGUGGAUUGUCGAACUUCUGAGUCUGGGAUUCACCAUAUGUUUCUCGGGAUUUUUUUUACUCUACGUUGAUUGGAAUGGACUCCGUAAUGCAAAAUGUGGGAUGGAUGCAGUUGAAUCUGGAAUGAAGCCCUGCGAUCUUGCUAAAGAAGCUCUUCAUCAACACCCUUUAACCCCGUUAACACUUAGCAAAGCUAUUAUUGUUGGAUACUUAGGAAUAUUUUCUAUCUAUUGGCUAUUUUGCUUCUUAAGAUUCUUUGCGCAGCUAAAGGACACUCUGGAGAUCCGAGAGUUUUACUACAAUAGUCUCCAUGUUACCGACAGUGAAAUUCAAACCAUGCCCUGGGCUACAGUCCUUGAAAAGGUUGUUCUCGUGCAAAGCUCAAGACAACUCUGCGUGGUAAAGGAUCUUACUGCUCAUGACAUGGUGAUGAGGUUAAUGCGGAAGGAGAACUACUUAAUUGGUAUGCUCAACAAGGGUGUGCUUGCUUUUCCCAUUUCUCAGUGGGUUCCAGGUGCUGGUCCAACAGUGAAAUCCAGUACUAAUGGAACACAGUAUCGUCUUGUACUAACCAAGACUCUCGAGUGGACUUUGAAUUGGUGCAUCCUGCAAAGCAUGUUUGAUCGAAAUUUUUGUGUCAGAAGGGAUUUUGUGUCAAAUCCAAGGACAUUAAAGAAAAGGCUUAUGGUAGUUGGGCUUGCAAUGCUUUUACUUUCUCCGUUUCUUGUCAUAUUCAUGCUGGUAUUUCUCUUUUUGAGGCAUGCUGAACAAUUUUACAAUCACCCAAGCACAGCAUCAUCUCGAAGAUGGUCAAAUUUGUCAAGAUGGAUCUUUAGGGGAUUCAACGAGGUGGACCAUCUAUUCAGGCAUCGGAUUAAUAGCAGUGUAUUGCAUGCUUCUGAUUAUCUCAAGCAAUUUCCUUCACCCAUCAUAUCUAUCAUUGCAAAAUUCAUCUCAUUUGUAUCAGGUGGCUUUGCUGCAAUUCUGAUCAUCAUUGCUUUUCUAGAGGAAUCUCUGCUAGAGGGUCAUAUAUUUGGCCGAAACUUGUUGUGGUAUGCUGCUGUUUUUGGAACUAUUACUGCAAUUAGCCGGGCUGCAAUUGUAAAUGAACUUCUGGUCAUAGACCCUGAAGGAGCAAUGUCUAUGGUAGUUCAGCAUACACAUUAUAUGCCAAAGAGAUGGCGUGGCAAAGAAAGUACUGAAAUGGUCCGAAUUGAGUUUGAAACCUUAUUCCAGUAUACUGGGAUGAUGUUACUUGAGGAAAUGGCCUCCAUUUUCCUUACUCCAUACUUACUCCUCUUGGUUGUCCCAAAGCGGGUUGAUGAUAUCUUGCAGUUCAUUGAAGAUUUUACUGUGGCUGUUGAAGGUGUUGGUCAUGUAUGCAGUUUUAGUGCCUUUGAUUUUCAAACUCAUGGAAACAGUUGUUAUGGUUCCCCAUGUGAUGCGCCUCGCAGCCAAAGGAGUUCCCAAGGGAAGUUGGAGAAAUCAUUUUUGAGCUUCAAAAGUAGUUAUCCUUCAUGGGAACCAAAUGCCGAGGGAAAGCAGUUUUUGCUAAAUCUGAGAACAUUCAGAGAGCAAAAGUUAUCAGGACAUGUAAACAGACAUGAAUUUUCUCCUCACAGAAUGUGGAGGGGAAGUCCCAACAUGAGAAACAAUGGAGACAGAAAUAGGUUUAUAUCCCGAGAAACGUCGAACAGCACCACCUAUGUAACUGGCAACCACUUAGGUUCAUUGUGGUUUAUCGAAGCCGAUAAUCAAAACAAUCAUCCUUAUCUUCUUGAUUGGUACUAUACUUCCCGACCCCGUGAUGCAUCGACUUCAAGAGAUGUUCCAACAGAUCCAUUUGACGAAACUCAUCAGCAUCGCUCGAGAGAUUGGAUGCCCUCCAACUUGACACACAAUGAACCUGAGUACGAAGAGUACAUAAACGAGUAUCACAAUGAUCGCGCUGCUUCUCAUCUCGGAGCUUCAAUAUCAGCUCCCAUCUUCAGGGAAAGCAUAAUUCAUGAUCAAGAUUCCAAUGAUCUACACCGCCGCCCUACCAGGAGUCAUUGGUGGGCUAGAAGUCAUCAGCAGGGUGAACAUGGUCAAACGAGCUUUUUCGAACCUCCAGAAUUCAAUCAAGCUUUUUCGAGGGGUGAACAUGGUCAAACAAGCUUUUUCGAGCCUCCAGAAUUCAAUCACCAAAGAGCACACAAUUACAAUGAUAAAUUAUCUGAUAUAGGGUCAGAGAAUGAAGAUCGUGAACAACAAUUGUACUUGAGAAAUUCAAUUUAUCAUCACAAAUUAUCUCAUACAGUGCAUAUAGAUGAAGACUUAGAGUCAGGAGAAUUCAAUCUUCAUUUUGAUGAUGUUUAUAGUAGACCUCCAGAUAAUCCCACUGUAAAUCCAAACAAUUCAAUCUUUUGACUGAAGAUGAUGACUAUUUUCUUUUCAUUGUUUGUUUGGGAGGGUAAUGAUUUCAAGGAUAUGAUUGUUGUCCCUUCUAUUUUGUGUGGAAAGUGGAAACUCCAUUCUUUGCUGUAUAUAGAUUCAUUGACAUAUGGUUAGAUUGCUGAUGAUCCUUGACAUGAUGUUGAAGGACUGAUCUAGUAGAUUUUCUCUUUA